AUGGAAAGCUAUUUGGAUGAGAACUUCUCAGGAGUGAAGCCAAAGCAUUCGUCGGAUGAAGUGUUGCAGAGAUGGAGGAAUCUUUGCAGUAUUGAGAAAUUGAGAAUUGCGGUAUUGGUUUCCAAAGCAGCAUUUCAAUUUAUCCAAGGUGUACCUGUCAGCGACUAUGUUGUACCUGAGGAAAUCAAAGCUGCAGGUUUUCAGAUUUGUGCUGAUGAAUUGGGAUCCAUUGUCGAAGGCCAUGAUGUAAAGAAGCUGAAAAUUCAUGGUGGGGUAGAUGGUAUUGCAGAAAAGCUAUCCACAAGUACAACCAAUGGGCUUACUGCCGACAAUAAAUUGCUGAAUCACAGACAAGAGAUUUAUGGGGUAAAUAAAUUCACUGAAACUCAAGCUCGAGGCUUCUUGGUAUUUGUUUGGGAAGCCCUUCAUGACAUGACACUCAUAAUCCUUGCUGUGUGUGCGCUUGUGUCUCUGAUAGUUGGCAUUGCAAUGGAAGGGUGGCUGGUGGCGGCCCAUGAUGGCCUUGGGAUUAUUGCUAGUAUCCUGUUGGUUGUGUUAGUCACGGCAACAAGUGAUUAUCGGCAAUCUUUACAGUUAAGGGAUUUGGACAAAGAGAAGAAGAAGAUCUCCAUUCAGGUCACAAGGAAUGGAUAUAGGCACAAAAUGUCGAUAUAUGAUUUGCUUCCUGGUGAUAUUGUGCAUCUUUCUAUUGGAGACCAGGUCCCUGCUGACGGACUUUUUGUUUCAGGAUUUUGUGUGUCAAUUGAUGAAUCAAGUUUAACUGGAGAGAGUGAACCAGUAAUGGUAAGUGCAGAAAAUCCUUUUCUGCUGUCUGGAACUAAGGUUCAAGAUGGAUCAUGCAAGAUGAUGAUUACUACUGUUGGAAUGAGAACCCAAUGGGGUAAAUUGAUGGCCACUCUUAGUGAAGGGGGAGAUGACGAGACUCCAUUGCAAGUUAAAUUUUAA